CUGCGCUGUCAACCCAAAUAUAACGUCCGGCAGCUUGUGUUUGAGUGUAGUGCAUUUUAAACAUGUUGGAGCGAAACACCGGGCUAUGUUAUUUUGAAAAGAUCCAUUGAAAUAUGUCAGAAUCAAAACGUGUCGUUCUCAAUAGUUUAGAAGUACCCAAAUCUAGUAACACAGUAAUUAAAAGGGUUUCAAAAACAUUUCGAAUAUCCCUAACUUUACCAGAGUCUAACGAAGAUACAUGUCCGGAGUUUAACUAUAAGGACCAACUAGCACUUGCAAAGAGACGCCUUAAGGCUGACAGGGAUAAGGAAGAGAAAGAUGAAAAAAUCCAUGAAAAUGGGCUGGAUCCAUUCGCUGAUAAUGAUGAUGACGUCCGGAGGAUUGCACAGGAAAUGGAAGCUAAAUAUGGUACCGGGCCUGUCGGUGGUCAGAAAAAGCGCAAGGGGCGCAAAGAUGAUUAUGCGGACAUUGGCAUGGGCUACGACGAAUCAGAUUCGUUCAUCGACAACACUGACGGUUACGACGAGAUCAUUCCACAAAACGUGACCACCUUGCAUGGCGGCUUCUACAUCAACUGUGGCGCGCUUGAAUUUAAGACUGAUGAUGAGGCCACGUCUGACAUCUCUAGUUCUGAUGGGGAGAAUGAUAUGGGGAUGGCUUCCGGUGCUAGAAAGAGGAUAUUAGAAACCUCAGAUGAAAGUGAUACUGCCAGUACAAGUCAGGUUGAUAAGAAACAAAAAUUAACUCCCAAGAAUAGUAUGCAGUUAGCUAUUAAAAAGAAAUUAUUUAGUAGUAGCAAAAUUCAAGUGAAGAAAAGGAAAAUGAUGAGUCCAUUCAAAAAAACUCAAAAGGAUAUGAUGAGGGAAAAGCAACGCACUGAACAUAUGAAAAAGAAAGAAGAUAUUGCGGAUGAAUCACACAAGGAGAACAAAAAGCCGAUGCGUAUUAGCAGUGUUACUGCAGCCAUAGAAUCAGUAGUGAAGCAAGGAACAGAGGCUACCGAAGAACCUUUAGACCUGAAUGAAAAUCAGGAGAAGCAAAAUGCACAAACAAAUCAUUGCGAUUUAGGCACUAGUAAGACAAACAGUUUGGAUACUGUGCCGUCAGCAGAAGGGGAAUCUAGUCAAGAAGCAACAGUGGAAGUUAAGGAGAUUGUUAAGUUACCAGAAAAUUUGCCAUCAGAUAUCAGUGAAAUUGUAGAUAAAAUAAGACAAGCUGCAAUCGAUUAUAAAGGUGAAACUAGAAAACACUUUUUCACCACUGAGGUGAAUAGCCAACUUCAGAGUUUGGAAAGGAAGUGCAAGAUCUUAGGUAAAUCGUCUAGGCUCCGCGUGUACGAGCAUCUGUCUGGGUAUAUCAAAUGUAAAAAAGAAACGAUUAUACGUAGAGCUAAAGCAUUAUUACUGGAGGAUGAGGAAAAGCGACUGGUGAAAAAAGUGAAUGCACUGAAAGAAAUCAUCGAUAAAACUAUGCCCCCAUUGUUGGCCAAAUACGAAGUGGAAAGUCAAAAAGUUUUACUGAAGAAGUUUUCGAAAGAAUCCAGUGAGAAUGAAGAUAACAAAUAUUUAAGGCUACCUAGGCGACGGUUUGAAUGGACUGAUGAGGCUAGGAAAAUAUUUAUGGAUAUUUUCAACACUAGGAAGAAGUGUUUUAUAUUAGAAGGGAAACACAAAGAUAAUCUGGAGCAGCAAAUGGUAGACUACUUGAAAACCAAAAUUAUGCCGCUCUGGCCUGAUGGUUGGAUGAGCAUAAACCGUUUGAAGUUGACAUAUAAUAACCUAACCGGUCAACCGAAGGUAUCAAACAAUGCUUCAACGCUAUCCACAGAAACCUCACAACAUUCCAACGCUACAGAUGUGACUAUAUCACCAGUUGUCAGUAAAAACGAACAGAUACCAGAAGCAAUUACUAUAACUACAGUGAACAGCAAGAAACCAAAUAACUCCAGUGAUGUGGUCACAACCACUUCUGGUGGAUUGGAAAUAAUUCCUGCUAAAGUAGAUUCAAAGUGUGUUAGUAAUAAAGCAAAUUUAACCAAUAUGGAUAAAAGUAUGAAUGAUUUCUUGAAGUCGUUUGGAAUGGAAAUGCAAAAGCAAGAUGGUAAUAGUAAUUCAGACCGUAUCCAAGUAGAUGUUCCUGAGAGACCUACCAAACCCCUACUGCCAUCCUUAGAGGUGAAGGUGAUCGAAGCGCCAAAGCGUGCAUCAUUCGAUAAUCAUUCGGAUGCCGCAAAACCGCCGCUCGGUAGCGUUAGUGGUACCGUGAUUGUAAAAAGCGUCCAAAAAUUGAACGAGGAAGGAGCCUCUGCCAGUUCUGUGAUACCGCAAGACUUACACUGCCAAAUAGUCGAUCUUACCGAAAAAAGUAGGAGGGUGAGAGAUGGGGAACCGAAACCGACUGAUCUCAGCGCUGGUCACCAGAAGUUCUAUUCGGAGCCAAAAGCAUUCACAGGUAACUUUUCAACACCCUCCGCCACUAAACCGAAUAAAUCGGAGGAUGACAUCCAGAUGGUCAUGGAGAACCUGAAAGCCUUACGAAAUUUCUCAUGUUCUACAGUGAAACAGCAGCCAGAAACUUCCAAUGCCGCAUCUGUGAUCUCCUACAACAAAAACUUUUCAUCGCCGUCAGCUGGUUCGUGAACUAAGCGCUUCUUUUAUUGAAUUUUUUUAUCAUGUUUGUAUUUGUGAGGAAUUUAUGAGACUUAGAAUAAUGUGGUUGAUGUUUUGAAGUACCGUCACCAGUCAAAUAAAUUAUAAUCAAUUUACCGAAUAAAUUCGAGUUAAUUGAAUUGAACUUUUCGCGUGCCAUUAUCGAGUAUUGAACCACCAGUCUACAAAUACGAUCUUAUUAUGGGAUUAUAUCCUUUGCUGAUUUCAAUUACAGCUUGCGUUUUGCUUUUUCUUAAACCAUCGUGCUUUUCUUUUGCCUCCUCUAAACUUGUGCAUAUUACCAAUCACAUGACUAGAAACCACAGUCGUAUCUAAAGUCUUGUAAGCUCCUUGGUAUUUGUAUCUGUCGCCCUCAUAUUGAGGAUUUGUAUUUCGUAUUUGAAAAUGAAGGCUCUGAGGCAUAUAUGGUGAAAUUGAUAUUUGGCAUAUCAAAAAUGUAUUAUUAGUAGUGUCACAAAAAAAUAAAUCCUUAUCUCAGUGUUUGCCAUAUGCUUUUUAGUUCUUCGUAUUUUGGGGGAAUAAAACAGGCGACAUACAGUGUCUGUUUUCAAAAUGCUGAUGCUUAUAUUUAGUUUAUAAGGUUCUGUGGUAUAUAAGCUCUCAAUAGAAAAAACUAAUUUAAGAGAACUACAACUACUGAAUGUAGGAGACCCUGAUGCUUUAUUCUAUAUUUUUAUGCUCACAAUCUACUGUCAGACUUCAGUUUCAAAUUAAGAGUUUAACUGUCUAAAUAUCUGCAUCAGAUGAUUCGUCACCUGUUUUAAGAGCAAAUAGUUCAUGCCAGUUUUUAGGUAUAUAAGCCGGUCUAGUCUUUUGCUGUUCACUUUGAAGGUGCUAAUAUCAGUUCCCGUAUCGAUAUUUGGUAUCCUGUAGUCACUUUAUAUCAUAGGUAUAUUUUUCUUGAUUCCCUUUAACCUCUGACAUUUUCACCCAGGUCUGUUUGUGUUGGUGUAGUCUUGCUAGAUUGCAUUUCCUCUUGAAAAAUGUCGGUUUUUUGUCAAGAUGAUAAGUUAUAACAACCUUCACAGUUUGAUCACUCUCUUUAGCUGGCACGAUGACCUUGAUAGAUAAUGGAAAGACAGGUGAUUGUUCUUCUCCCAACUCCACACCAUCCUUCUAUCCAUCUAUAUAUUGGCAUCUCACUCUCGUCAUUUGAGUUCCCAGUCAAGCUUCCAAUAGCCAGUUUCUUGGUAGUACCCAGAUUAGGAUCUAGGUAUUUUUGAAGUCUCGUUCACCUGAACUUCAGACGUAGACUGUUGAUCCAUUUUCUCCUUCAAAAGUAUUUCCUUGUUGCAGAAAAUACAAAGUAUUUUCUUUUGCUCCCAGUGAAAACUAGUUGAACGACAAAAGGGAUCAACAGAAGAAGCCUAUGUUCAAAUUCUAGGCGAAUGAGACUCCAAGGUACCCAGGACCACAUUCAUGUACUGCCAAGAAACGAUUGGAAGCUUGGUCGAGAAAUCAAAUGAUGAGUGACGCCACUAUAUCGAGUGGUACAUUGGAUCGAAGUGAAACAAAUGACUAUAUAAUUUUGUACUGGUUGGUUAGAGUUGGGAGAAGAACAGUCGUAUCUACUUUUUCAACACCUGACAAGGUCAUCAUGUAACCUAAAGAGAAUGAUGAAACUGGGGUGGUUGAUGGGCUGUUACAGCUCAUCUUCUUGACAGAAAGUUAAAGGAUGGAAUAGCUAAAGCGAGCGCCGGACAGUGUCGCUCACGUAGAGCAAAUCGUGCGCCACUUGACUGUUGGUUUUUUUGACGAAUCCCUUUGAUGGUUACGUUACAAGUCAGUGCAGGUGGCGACUAGUUUGUCUUUGAGCCCAGUCUCUGCAGUCUUCUUAUUUUAUUAGUUAGGAUAGGGCUCUGAACAUACGUUAUUAAUUUUUGUAUCGUACUGAAUCCGCAACAGGCGGAAUAUUAUAACAAAAUCAAGAAACAUGACGGGUGGGAACAGCUCUUCAUUUUUUAAAAUGCUCAUUAAUGUUGCACCACCUUUUACAUCUUUACAUCUCUUCUAAAUAAAUCUGUCUGCCACCACCGUCUCUGUUUUUCCUUUUUUAUUAGGUUGCAAUAACCCAUUCAAAUGAACGCAGCACCAGCUAUUUGUAGACCUGAUAUUUCGACACAGACUACAGGAGAAAAAUGUGGAGCCUUUUUGAGGCGAGCGUUCCAAGUGAAAAUUCUCUGGACCCAAAUCCCGAACUUGGUAAUGUAACGCUCAAUGUCAGCAUUAUUGCUAGUUUAUAUACCAAGAACCUUAUAAACCAAAUAUAAGUAUUGGCAUAUUGAAAAAGACACUUUAUAACUUUUGUUUUAUAUCCCAAAUAAUCUGAAAACAAAAAUGGAUUAGUAGUGUUGAUGGAAUAUCCCCACCUAAAUAUUUCGAAAACUACGCAUGCUAGAAAAAAGCUUCAAACACAAGUUGUAUGGUUUCAGGGGGCCAAGUAAGGGUACUCUUGACAUACCUAUGACCGCGACCUUCAAGGUCAUUUAAAACUCAAGCGUAUUUUUUCAAAUGGAACUAUCCUAUUUUACACCGGAAUUGUAUAAAGGGGAAUAUUUUACGUCCUAUUAACCGUUUUACAUCAAUUUCUUCACGAAUUUAUUCCGAUGGAUGUUUUACAGUGUUAACAUAUUGAUGUCCAUUGGGACGUAAUGGAUUAUCUGUCGGUACACAGUGCUGUUAACCACACAACAAAUUCUUGCUAGAAACAUUUUGAGUUUUUGUGUAUUGUGGUUGUGAUUUUGUGGCGAAUCGCAUAAACAGAAACCAUAUUGUUGAAUACUAUAGGUCUAUCAAAGUUUUAUACUUGAAUUGAACAAUUGUUCAAUAUAAUGUAAAAAAAACUAGGUUGGACGCAUGAAAUUUGACAUCCAGCUUGGCGGAAAUCAGAAGUCUAAUUUCGUGAAGAAAUCGCAGGAACAACUCCAUGGUUUUACUUGAGGUCAAAUUCCUGUUUUACACUUUUGAAAUUUGGCAAUGAAUUCAAUUCAUGGUGAAAUACGAAGAUUUAUUGUCAAUGAAAAACAGGUAUAUUAUCACCACUAUGACCUUCAAGGUCAAAUCAAGACACUGAAAAUGAUUGCUCUAGCAAAGAUAUUCAAUAGCACAGUUGUGAACUUUGUGGGGAGUGAGCCAAAGGUGAUCUUGACCUCCUUGACCAUCAGCAUGAUCGUCAAAAUUUCACGCGUUUAAAUAUAAAAUUUCUUAUCAUCAAGAGGUGGCCUAAUAUUUAAGAUUAUCGUGACCACAUUUGCACGUAGCAUAUCCUGCUUUUUCCAAUUCCAGGAUAAAAAUGAGGGACUUUGAUAAUAUUGACUUGACAUUGAAUGUCAAGGUCACCUUUCAUUGUUUUCAAUGUCUUUCCAAUUCCGGUUUGAAAAUAUUCAGGCCUUGAAUGUUGUGGUGAAGGUCAUGGUCAAGAUUACCAUCAGUUUAACCCCUCGAAACUGUACAACUGUUGUUUGCAGGUUGUUUUGUUAUGAUGCGUAGUUUUCGAAGUAUAGAUUAAAAUGAGGCAACCUUCCUGCUAUUAUGGGAUCGGUUCGAACGUUCAAUGCACUACUAGAUAAAAAACUAAAUCGACACUAUUACUAUUAUAUCCAUAAAUGUAUACGUCUUACAAUGGAUUAUGUUCAUACUUUGAUUUAUUCCAUCUAUAUUCUACAUGUUUAUCCAGUGCAGGUGUCGUUAGCCGCUAAUUGUGUAUAACUUGUUUUUUGUAAGAGUGAUCCAAUAUUUUCAGAGCAUAUCUCACUUUCUAGGAACUUACUUUCUUACUUAUUUUCAUCCCACAAUUCAUCAUUUGGACUAUUACAAUCUAGUCAAUUAUUAUAUGUUUGGAAACAUUAUUGGUAAUUUUUAAAAAGUGCGCUAAUUUUUUAUUCUUUAUUAUUGAGGACUAUUUUUUUCUCUCAUAUAGUUUGCUUAAAGUCUUGAGGAUACAAAUGACAAUUUGUGUUUGCUGCGGUACUACAGACUAAAAUACCUUCAUAUUAUGACCAAAAAUGAGACGAAAAAAGUAUGAAAACAUAUUUUUAUUACAAAAUUAAAUACAAUAACUCUACAAGAUUAAAAAAAUUCUGUUUAGCUUAUAUUUGCUAGCAUAGCCUUUGGCAUUCAAUACUACCUGACAUCUGCUGCUCAUAGAAGACACCAUUUUUUUACAGACUUCUGUUAGGAUAUUUUUUACAUAACCAAAUAAAUCGUUCAUAUUUUUUAAAGUUUUUCUUGUCAGUUGUCUUUUAACAUGCUCGCAGAGAUGUUCUAUAGGGUUUAUGUCCGGGAACUGCGAAGGCCAUGUAAGAACAUUAACAUGUUUUAGUCUUACCAGUCAUUUACGAAUUUUGAGGUAUGCUUGGGGUCAUUAUCUUGCUGGAACGUCCAUCGUAAAGGCAUUUGUUCUUCAGUAAAAGGGAGCAUGUGUUUAUUUAGAACAUCUUUGUGAAGUUUUUGGCCCAUUUUCCCGACAAUUUUAACAAUUGGACCCGUUCCAGAACUAGAAAAACAGCCCCAAACCAUGAUGUUGCCUCCAUCGUGCUUAACUGUUGGAAACUGAUACUUUUUGUCGAAUCUUAUUUUUGAUACUUCUAAAUGGUAUACCCAAAAUAACUGCGACUUGUUGACACAGUAAGCUUUAAUGUUUGGGUCACUCUUACACUGUACUAUUUCGUUCGAAUGCCUUUUUUUAAAUAUAUUCAUGCAUAGCAAGGCUAUAGACUGAGCUGUUGGGGUCGUUCUCACUGAGAGAAAUUUGCAACCGCAACGUGUAUUUGUAUACAUUUUAUCACCAAAGCGACCAGUUGCUGACUACCGACACUAAUUGGUUUGGAGAUGCUCACAUGUUCAUAUCUGAUAAAAAUAGUUCUCCAUCGCGCCUUUGUGUUCUUUGAAUCAUCCAAUAAAUAAUAGUUUUCAUAUUGGAUUUUAUUUUUUUACAGUUCAAUUGGUGAUUUUAUUGACAUUUCCGGCAAUGGACAUCUGAUAUUUUGAGUCGGAUAUUUACAUCAACUUCACUUUCAAAAAUAAUCAGUACUGGUCCUGGUUUAAAUGGAACAAUUGCAAUAAACAUCAAACUACCAAAGGUAUAGUUUGAUACAAUAUAGAAUGAUUUCUGCUCAGCUCCAUUUGAGCUAGGACCUGGAAAGAUCACCAUUGGAAGAGUAGAUGUAAUUAUAUAUUUGAUUAAAAAUAGCAGACAAAAGGUCACAGGAUGUCCAGAGCUGGAAAUGACGGAAAAAAGUAAAUAACAUACCUGUGAAAAAAAUGUAGGUUUUAGACUAUAGAGCAUGAAGAUGUUAUUGAAAAGAAAUUCCAAUAUGGAAACGAGAAUUUACUGGAUAAUGAAGUAAAGAGUGUUUUAAUAGGAGCGCCGGAUUUGAUUUUCAAGAAAAACACAAUUUCUUUUCGAAUUGAGCGAGUAUUUAUAUUUCAACAUGAAAAGGAAUAGUUGCGAUUAAACAUGAAAUAAGACUCCUGCAAAUGGCCCGAAGAAGUCCAUUGGCGUUAUAUCGCACGAUCUUGGUGGCCAAUUUUGAUCGCCAAACCGAGAUAUGACACGGUCUGGAAACUUGGUCCGCUGUAACACCAUUGUUUCACGUGCUGUGUGGCAGGUCGCACCGUCUUGUUGGAAGAACAUAUUCUCCACAUCAAUUCGAUCCAACUGGGGCCACAAGAACUCCAAUCACUCCGCCAUUCCAUAAUGCGCACCAAACGGUUACUCGCGGCGAAUGCAUUGGUUGCUAGAUUAUUACACGAGGGUUUGCAUAACCCCAAAUUCUGCUUAUUGACGUACCCGUUCAGUUGAAAAUGUGCCUCAUCAGAGAAAAUGAUUUUCAUCGAGAAAUCCGCAUCAAUUUGGUGGUGCUCCAGCGUUCAAUCAACUAAUUCACGGCGCUGCGCUUGGUCCGUUGCCUUGAGUUGUUGCGUCAGUUGAAUUUUGUACGCAUGCAAGCACAGAUCUUCUGUCAAAAUUGGUCUUUUAAGGUUCAAUUUUUGGCCACGAUGCGUGGAUUCUCGGCCACACUGCGACUAUAUUUUCGAGCGACCGACCAAGACGGCGACGAACAGUGGUCUUUACAUUCAGCAACGUGAAUUUUGUCUCAAAUUUUGUAAUUAAACGACGAACUGUCGACUCAUUUGACGCAUUAUUGCAACCGAAAAUUCUACGUAAUUUGCGAACUGUUUCGGCGUAAUUUUCUCCCUUUUUCUAAUGAGUUUUCACAAUAAUUAAACGUUGCUCGUUUACGAACUGCUCCAUGACGUCUAAUCGCGUGGUCUGGACGUGACAGCUGUCAUUAAGUAAACACCAUACCAUUUAUACAAAAAAAUGCCUGCAAAUUCAAAUCCGGCGCUCUUGUUGAGACACCCUUUACAAGGAUCAGGGUAUCCACAAUACAACCACAGAUGACAGUUAAAGUAAAUGAAAACAUGUGAAAAACUUGAAGCAAGAUAUGACAAAAGUUAAUUGUGAAUCAACAAGGGACUCAAAAAAAGUUUGCAUACAAAUUGCUAGUUUCUGCAGUUCCUUCAAUGAACAUAUUUCUGUUAUGUACUGUGAAUUUUUGCUGAUCUAUUGAUAUGGCUAGACUGUAUUUGUGACAUUUAAAUGGUUUUUCUUUCAUCACGAUUUUUAAAAACCAAAUUAGUCUUUUUACAUUCCGGCUUCUUAUUGGUAUUAGUCAGUGGCGUUAUCCACAACUUCAAAGCAAGAUGGGCAGUUGCUUUGGUGAGAAAGCAAAUGCAAUGCUACCAAAGGUGAAAUCGAGUUGCUUUUGGUGAGAACAGUGCCUUAGGGAUUGUGUCAUUUAAAUUUUUGUAUUUUCUAAAAUAUUUUUUAUGUACGUGUUUUAUUAGAGCUAAGAAUAGAUACGAGAGAAAUUCGUUUUGAAAUCACAAAUCAAUUAAGGGCAAAUAUUUCAAAAUACGUGUGCAUAUUACUGAAAAUUAUUUGGUAUUAUCUUUAUAUCAUUCUCUCGGCUUUCUAUUAUAUGUAAAGUGAGUGAACUUCAUUUUAUUUGUACAUAGUUCUUAUACUGCCGUUAAACUUUAUAAUUCUGUAAUUAUUUUGUAAAUUUGAAAGAAAUUGUCCAUAAAUAGUUUUUUUACUACUUGUACUUAUUUAUUU